AGAUCUGAAUAAAAAAAAAAAAAACUCACUCAUUUGGGAAUGAUUAGCGUGGCCGAAGAAGAGAGAGAGAGGGGGAAAUGGAUCUUGACCGAAAAUGGACUCGCCUGCAUUCGUGGGUAGGAAAAUAAUCGUAAAGUUUACAAACAAGGCAUUGUGAUUCUGAGUAUAUCUCAAGAUUAUGACACCCCGCCCUCAAAAAAUGAACUACUGUAUCCUCUCUCAUCUCCUCGGUGUUAAACAAAGGCAUUGUUCUCGUCUAUAGAAAGGAAAUCAUGUAAUAAAUAAAAAAUAAUGGCAACUACAACAGAGGAAAUAAAGUGUGGUAACUUUUUAUUCUACAAUACCUUUGACUCCGCUAAUUUGGCCAAAGUAGAGCAGGUCAAGGCUGCAGCAGAUCCUCCUAACAAUGGAGGUGUUGAAAAUGAUGGGAAAACAUGCAAGAGCUCAAGUUCCGAUGAGGUACCAGAUUACGAGUUCAAUGUAUGGACAAAACACGAUUGCCAUGGUACAGACUAUCAAAAUACCAAUAGGACAUGGUUUUAUUUUGGUGUUCAAUCCCCGACGCCGGGAGUUCUCAUUAAAAUAAAUGUAAUGAACCUUAAUAAGCAAGUGAAAAUGUUCAGCCAAGGAAUGUGCCCCGUCUACAAAACUGUACCUGGACAUCCCCAGUGGGAACGAAUCCGGGACAAGCCAUCGUUCCGUAUGGACCAAAAGGGCAACGAAUUCAUUCUUUCAUUUGUGUUUCGUGCGGCGGAAAAUAUCAAGGCUAUUAUAUACAUCGCAUUCACUUAUCCAUUCUCUUAUACAGACUUGCAAAAUUUUUUAAAGAAAAUAGACGCUAAGAUGACAAAAAAAAAUCCCACAGUCGCAGAUGACAUCUAUUAUCAGAGAGAAUGUGCUAUCAUGUCUUUGGAGGGACGGAGACUCGACUUGAUUACGAUUAGUUCACAUCAUAACAUAUCAUCCGAGAGAGAGGCGAGGCUGAAUCGAUUAUUUCCAAUAAAGGAAGAAGAAAGACCGUUCAAGUUCAGGGGAAAGAAGGUCAUUCUUAUAAGCGCCAGAGUUCAUCCUGGGGAAACUCCUUCAACUUUUGUUUUCAAUGGAUUUUUAAAUUUACUUCUCAAUCGAGAUGACCCCAUAGCUAUUAAUUUGCGCCGUUUAUACGUCUUCAAAAUGAUCCCUAUGCUCAAUCCUGACGGAGUUGCUAACGGUCAUUAUCGCAUGGAUACCAGGGGUGUAAAUUUGAAUCGAGUAUAUCUUAAUCCAUCCUUCAAUGAUCAUCCUACCAUAUACGCUGCCAGGGCAAUAAUUAAGUACCAUCAUUACAAUUAUGAAAUACCAGAAGACGAAUUGAGUGCUGAAAAACAAUCGGUAAAUAUUAAUUUAGAAGUUGGUCAACACGGCGUUAAUGUGAUUGGACUUGCUGGCUCUGUAACAAAUGUUAUUCGAGAUACAACAAACCGAUUGCUUCAACAGGUAACAUUGAUGACAUUGGACGAAAAAGGCAAAGGUGAACCAGAUUCCGAAAAAGUGUGUAAAUUGAUGGAAGGAAUGCCGAUUCAGACAUUGUGUGGGUAUGGCGAAGGUUCUGUUCAAGAAUCAGAGACAAAGGUGCAAAUGCAUGAGGAAGAAUCUACCAAGAAAGCAUGUACAGCUGUAGGUAUCGGACGCGUACCUACUGAUCCGGAAACCUCAGGACUAUUUUUGUACAUCGAUUUGCACGGACAUGCCUCGAAGAAAGGAGUAUUCAUGUACGGAAAUUAUUUUGACGAUGCAGAAGACACCAUCAUGUGUAUGCUGCUACCAAAAUUAAUGUCAAUCAAUAACGCCAAUUUUCAUUUCACUUCCUGCAAUUUUGCCGAAAGAAAUAUGUACUUGAUUGACAAACGAGAUGGUAUGUCUCGUGAAGGUUCGGGAAGAGUAGCCGUUUAUAAAUUGACAGGUUUGGUACGAAGCUAUACCUUGGAGUGUAACUACAACUCUGGUCGAAUGGUAAAUUCAAUCCCAGCGAGGGUUCGGGAUGGGGUUAGCAAAAAUCUAAACCCCAUAUUUGUUCCACCAAAAUAUUCACCAUCGGUUUUUGAAGAGGUUGGAACUGCCUUAGGACCAUCAAUCCUAGAUCUGACGACAAGUAAUCCCAAUAGUCGUCUCCCGAAUAGCCAAUAUCGUUCACUGAAGGGUGUUCGUUCAUACCUAAAGUUAACUUAUGUCAACCUUUCGUCGUCGUUCAACCGACCAUUGAAUAAGAGUUCAAGUGGCGUCAUUAGUACGGAUCAAUCGGCAAUAGAACCACCCGAAGUAAAGCAGAAUUGCGUGCCAGAUGAGGAUGGAACUGAUUCGUUGAAAAGUGAUAUAAAUCUGGCAGCAAAGUCUAAUAAGAUAAGACGAGCAUCCUCUAUUUACACAAACGUGAAGAGGAUUAUGAGCAGCAAACGAACGAGACCAAUCACUGGUCACAGAAUGCAUAAAAAUCAAGACAGCAGUAAACUCGAGGAAAAAAAUGUAUCUUCGAAUAUGAGAUUAUCCUCAAUUGCUGUAAGAAAAAAAUUAUUGAAGUCUGCCGAUUAUAUUCCAAGUAUAACAUCAAACGUGGCUAAUAUUCGAUCGACUUUAGGGCCAGCUAAAACGGCAAAGCACAAACGAACGGCUAGAAAGUUAUCUAUGAGUAAUUACAACCACGAAAUGACCAGCGACGAAUCUAGCGUCGUUAAACACAAUUCAAAACGAUUAAAAAUAACAUCAUCAAAAAUUGUUAAAACCCGUCCGGAGAUUGGAGAAUCGUCGAAAUCUGCGCCUUCGGAAAAGACGGUGUCUAAAAUGUCGUCACGGGCAUAUUUUCUGUGCAAUAAGCAAAAUACUAAAAACGUAUUUGGCAGGGUGAGGAAACCUUUCGUUAAAGUCGAACAGGCGAAGUUAAACAAGUCUUCCAAGAUGAAAUUAAAACGAAAGAAUUCUUUAAUCAUUUCUAAACUAUCUGGAAAUGAAGUAAAUAAAGAAGUCACAAAGUGAUAUGAAAGGGUGUUGAUUCGGAAUCACUACUGCAAAAAUUUUCGCUGACGUUGCUAUAAUAGUUUAGUCUUAUCGUAAGUUUUUAGUACAUUAGACAUGCAUGUAUUUCGUUAACGCGGAUGUAAUCAUAAGUGAAAAUAUCAAUAUGAUUUGGAAUAUAAUUUGUGAUUGAGCAUCGAUAUAUUCACGCAAUUAACGUCUCAUCGUUAUAUCCAAGCAGAUAAUAACUACAUUGAAAAGUAUGUCGUGAUAUGAUUUAUAUAAAUGUCUGAAAUAUAUUUAAACAACAAAAGUGUAUCAGACAUAUGUAAAAAAAAAAUGGAAAAAAUUAAAAAUUAUUGCGUGAAAGACAGAAAGGAUAUACUGCACUUAAAUGAGUAUCAAAUGAAAGUCUUUCUAAAUAAAUUACUAGGAAUGUUUGAAUCUCUUAUAAGAAUCUAUAACGUUGUGCGUCCUGUAUAAAAUUUUAAUUUUCAUGUUAAAAUAUACCUGUAAUAUACAUGCACUAUGUACGCGUUGGUAUUUUGUUAUUGUGAUCUGUUAAAUUAAUCGUAGAAUGUUAUUAUAUUUAUUAAAAAUUUUGAAUUUCAUUAUGUGCUUAAUAAUAUAUUGAUUUAAAAUCUGCAAUAUCUAUAAUGUACAAUAACGAGUUUAUUAGAAGGUGCAAUAUGUAUAUGUAUGUGCAAUUAAAUCUCAGAUCACUUCAAAGAGCACCUAAGUUAUUAUAAUGUAUGUACACGUUAACUUAUUACUAGAUCUGUAGUACCAUAUGGAUUGUGAUAAUUUGUCAUGAGUGGUUAAUCAUUUUUUCGAUUCAUUCGCAAAAUAUUCAACCCAAAAAAAAAAAAAAAAAAAUUGGUAUUUUAACCAUAAAUUU